AUGUCGAAAAAGAAGUCAAAAGAUCAAUUAGAGGAGCAGCAGAUCCGUGCUCAAAUAAGACGACAAAUUCGCAAGGACAUGCGUUCAAUGUUCGCGACGCAAAAUAACGUCAACACGCAACAGAUAAUAUCCAAAUUCCUCCAGUCUCACCCUGGUGAGGAGGAUUUUAUCAAAAGUGUGGUGAACGACUAUGCCAAGGCUAUCGAGGAAACCGCCGCUAAAGGAAAUGCGAACUGGGGGAAAAAUGGGGGAGCUUCUACUCAGAAGCAGCAGCAGCAGCAGCAGCCAAAUACCGUCAAUAUGGCCGGGCCUUCGAAGCCGCAAGAGCCGAGGCUGGCUGUCAAAGUCCAAGUUCCUAGCCAAAGCAAAUCUGAUGAAGGCUCACAAUAUUCAGAGGAUUCUAAUGCGCAGUUUCUCGAACAGUUGAUGUCAGACUCACAACCGCCAAAGCUACCCAGUGCAAACCCACCCAAUUCAAAGAAAAUUGCCAAAGCUGAAAAGCUCGAAGCCAGAAAAGCUGAAGCCAAGAAAGCAAAAGCGGAAGCCAAAAAGGCAAAAGCAGAAGCCAAAGAGGCAAAGGCGCAAGUCCAAGAAAGAAGAGUUGAAUCUAAAAAACCAAUCGUUGAAUCCAGAAAAGCAAACGUUGAAUUCAACAGAGAAGAGCAACCAAACUUGGUUAAUAAGACUAACGCGCUUUUGGAGACUUUCAAGGAAGAUCUGGCCAGUCAACGUAUGGCUUCAUCCCCUGACCCUGGAGCUUCGCUCAACAGGGAGAAAACACCUGACCUGGAAGCACAGUUGCAAUUCCUGAGUCUAGAUGGGCAGAACUCGAUUGGAGACAGUGGCAGCUCGUCUCGCAGCAUUGAACAGGCCGUUCUGAUUUCGCCUACUCUGGAGGAGAUGGGCGAAAAAAUGCCGCCCCAAUUCGGUCUUUUGGGUCACUUGGCCACGAAACAGUCCGAGGAUUUGGUUGACCCAAGGGUGAUGCUGAACACAAACAUUCCAUUCUCUGCUUUUGUUUGUGGUCUUCAAGGUAGUGGAAAGUCUCAUACUACUUCCUGCAUGAUCGAAAACUGUUCUUUGCCCUUUCAAGCUCUGGGAACGUUGAAGAAACCUCUGUCUACCCUGGUAUUGCAUUACAACGAAUACAGCUCCAAUGUCAGUAGCCAGCCCAGCGAGGCGGCGUUUCUUGCGUCAAUCAUGCCCGAGUAUAAAAAAAAUUACAAAAAGUCAAUCCCUGUGAGAGUUUUGACUUCGCCAUCCAAUUUCCACAAUCUCGAAAAGAUGUAUUCGCAAAUCCCCAACGUCACUGUGCGCCCGUUCCUUUUGCAGCCACAACAUCUGAAUAUCGCCACCAUGCUCUCCUUGAUGUCUAUGGGUAAAAAGGAUUCUAUGCCUUUGUACAUGGCCCAGCUGACAAGGAUUUUGCGUGAAAUGGCGCUUACUAACAAGGGAUACUUUAAUUACUUCGACUUCCGCAAACGGGUGAAGGACCUUCGUCUUGACAGGUCUCAAACCCCAUUUUUGGAGCAACGACUGGAUUUAUUGGACUCUUUUCUUGAUCUCAAGGGGGAGAAUAGAAACCGUGGCAGUGACUACUUCGUCGACGGUGGAGUCACGAUUCUAGAUUUGUCCUGCCCAUUCAUGGACCAAAGCACGGCAUGCAUUCUUUUCCGCAUUGCCAUCGAUCUCUUCCUUCACGCGCAUCCAUCACGAGGGAAAAUGAUUGUGGCCGAUGAGGCACACAAGUACAUGAACAAUACCGAGGCAGCAAACGCUCUGACUGAAACAUUCAUGAACAUCAUUCGCCAGCAGCGUCACUUGGGGGUGCGGGUUAUCAUUUCGACCCAAGAACCAACCAUCUCGCCUCGUCUCAUCGACCUGUGUUCGAUUACUGUCGUCCAUCGCUUUUCUAGUCCUGAAUGGUACCAAACCAUCAAGAAGCAUAUUUCGAUCGACGACAAGCGAGCUGCCAAUGGGGAUGAUGAUAACAUGGAUGGGCUAUACCAUAUCUCCAGCCUGCGCACGGGUGAAGCCCUCGUGUUUGCCCCGUCUUCGUACCUCCUUGAUGAGCGUCAAGAGAUGAUAGACGUGAAGCACAGAAGCUUCAAAAUGGUGAUUCGCAAGCGGAUCACGUGGGAUGGAGGACAGUCGAUUACCUCCGUCCGGUGA